UUUGAAAACUCAAAUAAUAAACUAUAUAAUUUAACCGUUUAAAUCGCGCGUGAUAGCCUUCAAUAGCCUUAUUAUUUGCAAAGUCAAAUUCAAAUGUCAAAUAUAUACAUAUACGUGUAAGUGUGCGUGUUUUCAAGACUUCAGCGACAUCUACCGAAUUGUUCUCCUUAACCCUAGAAUGGUAACGUUCAAUUCUACUCUAUUAUCUUUAAUAGCAGAUGGCGUCGUAUAUGACGCCACGUUACCGUUCUAGGGUUAAAAAUACGAGUUUUGUUUUGCCUGGGCGAUUUUAUCAGAUUUUACAUUGAGAAAAGCAAGAUUGUUGAUUUUUAAGUGACAUGUCUAUUCUUAAAUUAUACCGAAAUGAAUUAUUAUGAGUAAUAUCUCGGAAUUAUCUUUCGUAUGGAAGUCUGUUGGUUGUAGGUUAAAUAAGUCCACGGUACAGGAUUCAGGGAUUAUCAGGAACGGGAACCAAAAUGAUGUUUCUUCAUGAGGGUUAUUAUUUCUUUUCUUUGGAUCGGAGAAAUUCUUAAAAUCCUUUUUUUUUGAGGUUAUGUCAACAUUUAUCCUUUUACAUAACCUAAAACGUUGCUUAUAAUGUUGGACGAGACAAAACUUGCAUAUCUGGUCAUUUUCUUCUAUAUUCAACGGUAAAAUUCCCAAAAUGCUUAAAUCUUGAGAUUAUGAAUUUUCAUUUAAAACUUCAUUAAUUCACAAAAAGGACGGCUGUUUUGUAUUCUUACUAUGCUAAGAUUAUCAUUUUCAAUAGCUUUAACUGUUUAAAUACGGAUUUGAAUAAGAAAUUGAGAAAAAAUCAAUUUGAGGUUAUCUAUCUGUCAAAAAAUUAUAUGUCUUUAAAAUUACUUUGUAUCGACUUUACAUGGGUUAUAUACAAUAGAAAACAUCAACGGCCAAUAACACAUAAGUGAAUUCAUCAGUAAAUAGUCUUUUAUAAAAAUAUUUUUAUAAUUAUUAACAUUUUCUUAAGUUUAAUACAAUAAGUCUUUAAAUCCUCAAAAUAACGCUUAUUAGAGUUAUACAAUGAGAAAGUUGCGUGUAGCCCACUCCAGUUAAUUUUGUUACCCAAAUAAAAAAUUAACGACAACAUUUAUUAUUCAUUUUGAAACAACCAGUCAUUAUCAACAUUAAAAAAAUGACCAUCUCCUUCGACUUCUUAAUCCCAAAAUAUUUCAGAAAUUACAAAGAUUUGAUUAAAUUUUUAAUCACAACAUUAACUCUAACUCUCAUAUUAACAACGAUAAUCGUUACAAGUUAUUUCCAUUAUGCUUGGUCAUAUUGGAAAAAAAGAAACGUUCCCCACGUGAAACCAACAUUUCCAUUUGGAAGUUUUACGAUUGCAGGAUUUUUUAAGAAAGGAUUUCACUUCUCGAUGUUGGAGCAUUACAGGAAUUUUAAAAAACAAGGAGCUAAAUAUUUCGGAACGUACGCUAUUACAUCUCCGAUGUUGACAAUAAUCGAUCCGGAAUUAAUUAAAACGAUUUUGGUUAAAGAUCACGAUUACUUUUUAAGCCACGGACUUCAAUACGACAAAAAAGAUGUUUUCACAUUAACACUGUUUAAUAUUGAAGAAAACGAUUGGAAAGUGUUAAGGUCAAAACUUACAGCAACAUUUUCAUCGGGAAAAUUAAAAUCGAUGUUCGAAACGUUAAAAAAUUCAACAAUACCGUUAAAAAAAUUUUUAAAUCAACAAAACCACCAUGAAUUUGAAAUAGAUAUUUCUGAAUUGUGCGGGAGGUUUUUUACAAACGUUAUCGGAACUUGUAUUUUUGGAUUUGAAUGUGAUUGUUUUAACCAGGAUGAUGUCUUUAGGAGGUACGGUAGGCAGUGUUUUGAAGAACGUUUUGAUUUAAAAAUAAGAAGGGUUGUUGCUUUUACGGCUCCCUGGUUGAUCAAAUAUCUUCGAUUUAAAGUGUUAAAAAAGGAAGCUGAUAACUUUUUUAAAACAAUAUUUAAGGAUAUGUUUGAUUAUCGUGAAAAAACGAUGAUAAAACGUAACGAUUUCGUUCAAAUUCUUUUAGAUUUGAAACAAAAAGCUUUGGAAGAAGGUGAAAUUGCUUUAACUUACGAGGAAAUGCUUGCAAAUUCAUUUUUAUUUUUUUCGGCUGGAUUUGAGACUUCUUCGAGUACAACAACUUAUUGUUUACACGAAUUGGCUCAUCAUCAAGAGGUUCAAGAUAAAAUUAGGGAUGAAAUCAGGUUGAUUUUGAAGAAAUAUAAUGGAUUUUUUUAUGAAUGCUUAUCUGAAUUUAAAUAUAUGGAUCAGGUUUUAUACGAGACUUUAAGAAAGCAUCCUUCAGCUCCGACUAUUCCUAGAAAAUGUACGAAAGAUUACCAGAUUUUAAACGGUCCUGAUAUUAAGAAAGGAAUGAAAGUUUUUAUUAACCCAUUAGCUUUACAUUGGGAUGAAGAUUAUUUUCCUGAUCCACAAAAAUUUGAUCCUGAACGAUUUUCUGAUCUAAAUAAAGACAACAUUCCUCCAUAUACAUUUUUACCUUUCGGUAUUGGUCCUAGAAAAUGUAUAGCUGAAAGAUUUGGAAUAGCGCAAAUAAAAGUGGCACUCGUAACAAUUUUAUCAAAUUAUUCACUAAAACCACAUUCAAAAACCGAUUAUAAAUUGGAUUAUAACAAAAAUAACAUUCUUCUGAUAUCUGCAAAACCCAUUUAUGUAAAAAUGGAACGAAUUUUUUAUUAAAAAAAUAAUUAUCAAACGUCUUUUGUAUUUAUUUUUUAUUAUGAAGAAACAAUAGGAUAUAAAAACUUAUAUUUUGUUACAUUUCAUUUCUUCAUUAUGCGUUGGUUCUCUCUCGUUUUGUUUUUACUCUGUAUCGGUUUGUAUAAAAAUAAAAUUAUACAUUUUC